AUGCAUUCCUUCCUUUCCUUCCUUCCUUCCUUCCUUUCCUUCUUUCUUUCAUUUAUUCAUUUCAUUUUUCUUCCUUCCUUUCUAUUCAUCUCUUUCAUUCCUUCUUUCCUUCCUUUAUCCCCCUCAUUCACUUUCCUUCCUUUUCAUUCAUUUUUUUCAAUUUUUUCUUCCCUUUCAUUCCUUCUUUCAUUCAUUAAUUCCUUCCUACGUUCAUUUAUUGGUUCGUUCCUUCCUUCCUUUAUUCAUUCAUUCCUUCCUUUCUUCCUUUUUUUCCGCUCUCACUAUCUGUCUUUUUCUUUCUUUUUUCAUUAUUCCUUCCAUCCUUCAUUCUUUUUUUUUUUUUUUCCUAGUUCCUUCCAGAGUCACUUUCUUACAUUCUUAAUAAUUCACUUUUCAUUCAAUCAUUUUUUUCUCUUUCUCUUCUUUUCUUCAAGUCGUUCUUAUCUGAUCAUUUUUCCUUAUUCAUCUACUAUCCUUUCCUUCUCCCCCUCUCACUUUCCGUUUUCUCUUUCUCUUUCUUUUUUCCUCCUUUCUUUCCUUUUUUUCAUUCAUUUUUCCGUUCCUUCCUUCUCUUUUCUUUCUCCCUCCCUCCUUUUCUCCUUCCUUCCUUCCAUUUCCAUUUUUUUUUUUCCUAGUUUUCUUUAUCAUUCCCCUAAACUUUUCAUUCAAUCCUUUCUCUUCCUUCUUUCUCUUCUUUAUAUCUCUUAA